ACUGGGGAAUCACCGUUGAAUGAGAAAAUUGCUUGUACCGUGUUGCUGCUUAUCACUUAUGGUGAGGAAGACGUCAAGCAGCAAUUUUGAGAAGAUAGUGCGAAACACAGGAAUUCGAAAACAAGAUCAUAAGUUGCGCACAUUAUUUCCGUGGAUAGGCGUCAAUAUAUUGUUACAGAUUGUGGUCGAGAAGAUCGUGCUUAAUAUUUUCAACAAAAGAGUUAGUCAUGAGCGAUUACACUCAUCAAGAGGAGGUUCCCCUCGAGAAGGUUGUCAUUCUGGUUAACAACAGAGAAGAAGACAUGUUUCCGGAUAAAGAGAUAAGUUCAAUCUUUGAUCGAAAUGUAUUCGGUACAGAAAAUUGUUCCUUUGAAGUGAAUCCAGUGGAUCAAGAAAUAAAUGUCGCUAAAACGACACAAAAUAUCAGUGUAUUUGUUGGUGAACGUAGUCAACGCAAUGUUUUCAGUUCGUUUGAACAAACUGGUGACGGGAGUUAUCGCAACCAGACAAGUGAGAUCGAACCGUACCAUCAAGGAGAACCAGAUUUUCAAGCUAUGCAGCUGGACGAUAGCCUUCUCGUUAACAACAGAGAAGAAGACCUGUUUCCGGAUGAAGAGAUAAGUUCAAUCUUUGAUCGAAAUGUAUUUGGUACAGAAAAUUGUUCCUUUGAAGUGAAUCCAGUGGAUCAAGAAAUAAAUGUCGCUAAAACGACACAAAAUAUCAGUGUAUUUGUUGGUGAACGUAGUCAACGCAAUGUUUUCAGUUCGCUUGAACAAACUGGUGACCGGAGUUAUCGCAACCAGACAAGUGAGAUCAAACCGUACCAUCAAGGAGAAACAGAUUAUGAAGCUAUGCAGCUCGGCGAUAGCCUUCUCGUUAGAAAGAGAGAAGAAGACCUGUUUCCGGAUGAAGAGAUAAGUUUAAUCAUUGAUCGAAAUGUAUUCGGUACAGAAAUUUGUUCCUUUGAAGGGAAUCCAGUGGAUCAAGAAAUAAAUGUCGCUAAAACGACACAAAAUAUCAGUGUAUUUGUUGGUGAACGUAGUCAACGCAAUGUUUUCAGUUCGUUUGAACAAACUGGUGACGGGAGUUAUCGCAACCAGACAAGUGAGAUCGAACCGUACCAUCAAGGAGAACCAGAUUUUCAAGCUAUGCAGCUGGACGAUAGCCUUCUCGUUAACAACAGAGAAGAAGACCUGUUUCCGGAUGAAGAGAUAAGUUCAAUCUUUGAUCGAAAUGUAUUUGGUACAGAAAAUUGUUCCUUUGAAGUGAAUCCAGUGAAUCAAGAAAUAAAUGUCGCUAAAACGACACAAAAUAACAGUGUAUUUGUUGGUGAACGUAGUCAACGCAAUGUCUUCAGUUCGCUUGAACAAACUGGUGACGGGAGUUAUCGCAACCAGACAAGUGAGAUCAAACCGUACCAUCAACGAGAACCAGAUUAUGAAGCUAUGCAGCUCGGCGAUAGCCUUCUCGUUAGAAAGAGAGAAGAAGACCUGUUUCCGGAUGAAGAGAUAAGUUUAAUCUUUGAUCGAAAUGUAUUCGGUACAGAAAUUUGUUCCUUUGAAGGAAUCCAGUGGAUCAAGAAAUAA